CUUCCUGUCGGGGCGGAGGGGUUUCCGCCGCAGCGGCGCCACUUAUGGCCUCGCUCAAAGCCGUGCUCGGGACCUCGCUCCCGGUCGCCCGCGCCCUGUUGCCGCUCUUCGGGGGCCGCCCGCUGCCCGCGCCCUGCUCCACCUCGGGCGCCGCCAUGGAGCCGGCGCCCCACUGGCUGGCGGGACUGCACUUCGACAACCGAGCCCUGCGCGCGCUGCCCGUGGAGACGCUGCCGCCGGACCCCGAGGGCGCCGCGCCCGCACCGCGGCUGGUGCCCGGGGCCUGCUUCAGCCGCGUGCGGCCCGCGCCCCUGCGGCAGCCGCGCCUCGUGGCGCUGUCGGAGCCCGCGCUGGCGCUGCUGGGCCUGGGCGCGCCGCCCGCCGACGCCGCCGCCCGCGAGGCCCGCGAGGCCGAGGCCGCCCUCUUCUUCAGCGGCAACGCGCUGCUGCCGGGCGCCGAGCCCGCCGCGCACUGCUACUGCGGCCACCAAUUCGGCCACUUCGCCGGGCAGCUGGGCGACGGCGCCGCCAUGUACCUGGGCGAGGUGUGCUCGGCGGCCGGCGAGCGCUGGGAGCUGCAGCUCAAGGGCGCCGGCCCCACGCCCUUCUCCAGACAGGCUGACGGCCGCAAGGUCCUGCGGUCCAGCGUCCGGGAGUUCCUGUGCAGCGAGGCCAUGUUCCACCUGGGGGUCCCCACCACGCGGGCGGGCGCCUGUGUCACGUCAGAGUCCACGGUCGUGCGCGACGUGUUCUACGACGGCAACCCCAAGCACGAGCCGUGCGCGGUCGUGUUGCGAAUAGCCUCCACCUUCCUCAGGUUCGGGUCCUUUGAGAUCUUUAAGGCUGAGGAUGAGCACACGGGCCGUGCGGGCCCCAGCGUGGGGAGGAACGACAUCCGUGUACAGAUGCUGGACUAUGUGGUCAGCACUUUCUACCCUGAAAUCCAGGCCACGCACGCCAGCGACUCCGUGCAGAGGAACGCUGCCUUCUUCCGUGAGGUGACACGUCGCACGGCCCGGAUGGUGGCUGAGUGGCAGUGUGUCGGCUUCUGCCACGGCGUGCUCAACACGGACAACAUGAGCAUUGUGGGGCUCACCAUCGACUACGGGCCCUUUGGCUUCCUGGACAGGUACGACCCCGACCAUGUCUGCAAUGCCUCGGACACUGCCGGGCGCUACUCGUUCAGCAAGCAGCCUGAGGUGUGCAAGUGGAACCUGCAGAAGCUGGCCGAGGCCCUGGUGCCCGAGCUGCCCCUCGAGCAGGGCAAGGCCAUCCUGGCCGAGGAGUAUGACGCCGAGUUCCACAGGCACUACCUGAGCAAGAUGCGCAGGAAGCUGGGCCUCGUGCAGGCUGAGCGGGAGGAGGACGCGGCGCUGGUGGCCAAGCUCCUGGAGACCAUGCACCUGACCGGUGCCGACUUCACAAACACCUUCUACCUGCUGAGCUCCUUCCCAGUGGGGCCCGAGGCUCCGGGCCUGGCCGAGUUCCUGACUGCGCUGACGGAGCAGUGCGCCUCCCUGGAGGAGCUGCGGCUUGCCUUUCGGCCCCAGAUGGACCCCCGGCAGCUCUCCAUGAUGCUGAUGCUGGCGCAGUCAAACCCGCAGCUCUUCGCGCUCAUCGGCACCCGGGCCAACGUCACAAAGGAGCUGGAGCGCGUGGAGCAGCAGGCGCGGCUGGAGCAGCUGAGCCCAGCCGAGCUGCUGAGCAGGAACAGGGGCCGCUGGGCUGACUGGCUGCAGGAGUUCAGGACCAGGCUGGAGCAGGACAGGGAGGGCGCCGCUGACGAGGACGCCUGGCAGGCUGAGCGCAUGCGUGUCAUGCACGCCAACAACCCCAAGUAUGUCCUGCGGAACUACAUCGCGCAGAAUGCCAUCGAGGCUGCCGAGAAUGGAGACUUCUCGGAGGUGCGGCGGGUGCUGAAGCUGCUGGAGGCCCCGUACCACAGGGAGGGGGAGGCCGCUGAGGUCCUGGAGGCCGCUGAGCCUGAGGGGGCCGGCAGCACAGCAGAGAGGCGCCUCUCCUACAGCAGCAAGCCCCCGCUCUGGGCAGCGGAGCUGUGUGUGACGUGAUCCUCAUAACCGCCUUGGAGGCCGGGAGGCCCCCAAGGCCCCAAGUGACACUGAGUCCAUGAGGCGGUGCCCAGCCAGCGAGCAGCCCCACACCCCGUCUCUCCAUGAGGGCAGGGACGUCCAGUCAGGACCUGACCCGUCUCUGUCUGACACCGACUCAGCAGCCCAGCCCCCUCCCACCAGCAGCACGCUCCCCAUAAAAUGCUGCUUCACGCAAGGACAGCUCAGCAGAGGGACCGGACCCAGGAGGACACAGCAGCCACAACCCCCAUGGCAGCCUGGGAGGACCGGCGCUGCCGGCUCCUGCUUCUGGGAGCCACCCCUAAUAAACCAGCAGCUCCCAAG